UGAGAGUGAGCUACAACAAAGCGAAGCCAUGUCUUCGACAUGGGAAGGCUCGACGGGAGCAGGUAGCAUGAGUGGCGAAACUAUUAAAAUUACUCUACUAAAAAUGUGCACUUUUUUUUACGAGCUCGAAGACAUUUUUGGGAGCAGAGUUAAUGAAUGUGCCGCAAUCGAAGAUACGAUGACCGCUGAGUAUUUGGAUUUUGAAGGUGCUGUAGAAACUCAGAUAGCAGUACCGAUUGAAGAACCGGAGAGCUCCCAAGGCCCAGAUUGUGUGUUACAUUUAAAUGGUAACGAAAGUUCUGCCGAAAUUAGUUGUACGCCAAGUACGAGCCGUAAGGGCAUAUACAGCAGAACGGGGGUUUCGGAAAUAAUGAAAUUCCAAGCCGAAGUCAUUAGUUUCAAGAAAGAAAAACUAGAAGCAGAAUUGGCAGCAAGAGACAGGGAGUAA